UCUCAACCUGGAAGCGUUCGUCAUUUGAGAUUCACCUGUGAAUUUGACUCCACUCAGAAUUUUAGCCUGUUAACUUUCUGUCGCCACUAUGCCUCUGCAGUUUGAACUGUGUCCUGGCAGAAUGAUUGGGGGCUCCGAUCCAUGUUUCAUUAUUGCUGAAAUUGGACAAAACCACCAGGGAGACAUUGAGAUUGCCAAGAAAAUGAUCAAGAUGGCAAAGGACUGUGGUGCUGACGGUGCCAAAUUCCAGAAAAGUGAAUUAGAGUACAAAUUCAGCAAGCGAGCCUUGGAGCGCCCCUACAAUUCAAAGCAUUCCUGGGGGAAAACGUACGGUGACCACAAGCGUCACUUGGAGUUCAGUCAUGAUCAAUACAGGGAACUAAAAAAGUAUGCUGAAGACAUCGGCAUCUUUCUCACCGCCUCUGGUAUGGAUGAGAUGGCUGUGGAGUUUCUUCAUGAGCUGGAUGUGCCGUUCUUCAAAGUUGCGUCCUGCGAUGCAAACAACUUCCCAUAUCUGGAAAAGACAGCCAGAAAAGGGCGACCAAUGGUGGUAUCCACUGGGAUGCAGUCCAUGGAAACCAUACGUCGUGUCUACAAGACAGUAAAGGAGCACAACCAGAAAUUUACUCUCCUGCAGUGCACCAGCGCCUACCCUCUGGAUCCUAAAGAUGUCAACCUCAGUGUGAUCAGGAAAUACCAGGAGGAAUUUCCAGAUGUUCCAAUUGGAUAUUCUGGUCAUGAGAAAGGGAUCUACAUCACUGUGGCUGCCGUGGCGAUGGGAGCAAACGUUGUGGAACGCCAUGUGACCCUGGAUAAGACCUGGAAGGGAAAUGACCAUGAGGCAUCCCUGGAGCCCUCCGAGCUGGUGGAGCUGGUCCGAGCAAUACGACUGGUGGAAACAGCAAUGGGGUCACCAGUCAAGCAAAUGUUACCAUGCGAGAAGACCUGCCAUGAUAAGUUGGGCAAGUCAGUCAUUGCUAAGGUGAAAAUCCCUAAAGGAACAGUGCUGAGUCUGGACAUGUUUGCAGUGAAGGUUGGUGAGCCAAAGGGUAUCCCUCCAGAACAUAUGCAGCAGCUCGUGGGCAAGAAGAUCAAAGUGGACGUUGAAGAAGAUGACAGCAUCUUGGCAGACAUGAUAGAAUAAAGGAUCUUCCCAAACUAUUGGGACAGAGAGGCAGGCAAAUAGAGAAGGAUAGAAAAUAAAAUAGAGUUACA